AUGGACCAGAAGAUCAGAAUGAGUUCCGUUAGGAUCAGAAUGAGUUCUGUUAGGAUCAGAAUGAGUUCUGUUAGGAUCAAAAUGAGUUCUGUUAGGAUCAAAAUGAGUUCUGUUAGGAUCAAAAUGAGUUCUGUCAAAAGGUAUGAGGUGAGUAGAUGGCUGGCUGUGAUAGACGAGAUGGACCAGAAGAUCAGAAUGAGUUCUGUUAGGAUCAGAAUGAGUUCUGUCAAAAGUGUUAUCUGCGAUAUUCCGGACGAGCCGAUGGCCAGGAUCUAG